UAAGCCUAAACAGAAACAAUACGUCGAACAGUGGUACAACAUGGCGGGUCAGUACCCUGGCUAUGGUGGCUACAACCCAGCAGCUGGCUCAAAUCCGUACGGAAAUCAGCCUCAUCCUCAAGGUAAGAACAAGGAUUAUCCUAUAACGCAGAAUUUAUUAUUAUUCAAAUGAAAAAACUAUUGUACAAAAUACGACUAUUUUACUGUUUUAAAAAACUGUGAAGUGCUAUAUUGUUCAUGUAGAAAGGUGUGUGAAGUUAUCAAAGGCAUUGUCCGUGAUUAUCGUUAAGAUUAUUUGGUUUCACCUGAAUCACGUUUGCCAGUGUUUAUUCAAUGAAGGCCUCUUGAAAAAAAAAGCCAUCUUUCUAAUUUUUCAGUUAGGUAGCAACACUCUCGGGACUUUCUCAGUUCUAGAAAUCCAGUGGAUCUCACGCUAACUUUGUCUUUAAAUUCACGACAUUUUAUACCAUCCACAUACUAUUUUUUCACAAGUAUGCAAUAAUUUUUUAUCUCGCAAAAUGUUUUGGACAGAAUUUAUUUGAUCAAGGAGACAUGUUCUAGAAAAGAGCCUUCCUAUGUCACAGCUUAGAACUUAAUGCCAGUUUUCAAAAGGAAUGAAGCUAAUUUGAGAAAAUUCAAAGUGUUUGAAGAACUUAAAACCUCUUUUCCAAGCAGCAAAGUAAAGAAACUUUUUUAACUUGCAUAUAUAUAUAUAUAUAUUGUUUUUCAAAAAUCCUUCCAAGGUAAUUUUUAUGGGAUGCAAAAUAAUCUGCAUCUAUCAAAACCAAUUUUAGGUAACAGGCAUAGUACAUUUGAUUUUAUGUUUUCCUUUUCAGGUUAUGGACAGCCUCCUGGUUACCCACCCAGCAUGGGCUAUCCACCUCCUGGUGGGGGGUACCCCGGGGGGUAUGGAGGAUCUUCUGCUCCACCCCCAGGAGCUGACCCUACCUUGUGGAACUGGUUUGUUACUGUUGAUAGAGACAGGUCAGGUCAAAUAACAGCAGAUGAAUUACAACAGGCACUGCUUAAUGGAAACUGGUCCCACUUCAACAGUGAGACAUGCAGGCUUAUGAUUGGUAAAGUGCCCUUUUUCUUUUACAUUUACUUGUCAUAUUAAUUUUGUCCUUCAGAACCCAAGUUUGUCUCACAUAUAUGCAUUUUUUUAUUAUUACUUUUGAAGCCAAAGAUCUCUCAAAGAUCACCAGGUUUACCACACUUGCUGCUAAUAUUAAAUUUGUGCAUUUAGGCAUCUCUUAUUUGCUGUAAAACAAAAAAAAAUCAAAGAUGUAUAUUGAUUUUCUUGUUUUCAUAUGUACAUGUAAAAAGGCAUUUUGGCCAUGAUUGGUUAUUGAUUAUGAACAUCAAUGGAUCAAUCUCUUGUUAUUAUCCAACUACACUUACUAGAGUACAAAUGAUGUGCCAAUCAAGUACAAAUAUCACAUAAUAUUUGGACAGUUGGUUAUUUUAUACUGUUAAAAAGCUAGUUCAACUAGUUUGCAACAUGUGCUAUGCUUUUCUAUCUGCUCUGCUUUUCUAUCUGCUCUGCUUUUCCUGUGGUUUUAAAAAAUGCAUAUAAAAUAAAGUAGUUGGGUAAUAAAUACCAACAACUUAUUAGAUGUUUUGAUGUACCUGGUAUUGCUGAGUGUUUUAACUUGUAGUUUGUAUUUUGACCUGCCCUGUGUCAAUCCAUGAUAACUGAAUAGGUUUCCUUAUCCCAUUCAAUGGAUUUGGCUUAAAAUUAGUCACUUUAAUGUCAAUGAUUUGAGCAGAUGAGUAGACCCCAAACCUACAGCAGAAAUUGGCUGAUUACUAGAUAAUGUUAGCCUGGAUUCUUGACUCUGCCUGUCUACUCAUUCAGAUUUGGGAUCCUAAGUCAUCUGUAUCAGAUCAGGUUAUCCAACUCUAUGGAAUUGGUUUUUGAUAGUGAUGGUCCUGCGCAAUGAACUAUUUGGCCACUAGGAUAUUUCUGGCAAUGUGUAACCUUGUUAAUUAAAAAACAAUUUUUUCCCUUUUCCACACCUUUGUAAAACAACACUAUAAAUGUCUUUUUCAUAAUAUUUUAAGAGUCCUUAUGCUCAAUAACAAAUGUAUGGCUGUGUUUUUGUUGUUGGAGUAUAGAAACUUGAUGCCUGUGGGGAGGUGGUUGCAUGGAGAUGUUGAACAAUCAAUUACAAGUUGUUUAGUUUAUGGCAUGUGUUUUUAUCAGGUAUCUUUGACCAAGAUCAGUCUGGUACUAUCAGUUUCCAAGAGUUUCAACAACUUUGGAAGUAUAUUCAGCAAUGGAAGGGUGCAUUUGACAGAUAUGAUUCGGACAGAUCAGGAGCUAUAGAGUCUCAAGAAUUACAUCGAGCUUUUGCUGAGAUGGGUUUUAAUGUUUCACCGCAUUUUGUCAACAUCGUCGUUACCAGGUACCUGCAGCUUCUUGCAUAUGAGUAUAGAGUGGUUCGUAAAUUGGUUUUUUGUUCGUAAACAUCAUCCUGCAAUGUAAAAUUUUCUUCUAAGCCAUUUGCUCAUGAAAGAGGAUUCAUGAUAUUUAAACUCCUUCAAAUUUUAAAUUAAAACAUUUGCAUUAAGCUGGCUCAAAUUUCCCACCCCAUGAAUGACAGCCAAAUGCCUGUGGGUUGCCAGGCAGGGUGGGGUGGGGGGGUGUUGAAGCUUCUAAUUGAUCAGCACACAACCUAUUGUAGUCACAGAAUAAUGUGAUAGUGUAGUUUAAUCGUCUGGUUGAGUGUAGUCCUGAAUAAGCUUCUCUUUUUUUUUUUCUUAUGCACUUUCUUAUGCACUUUGACAGGUGUUGGAUCGUGUCAGAUAAUUAAAAAAAAAUGUUUCAAAGUUUGCUAGGAAGCCUUCUAAAUCACCCUUAUCUGUUUACAGAUAAAAAUUUUGUUGGGAAGCCUCUCUUUUUAGUUGCAUUACCUUUGUUUUCUCUACCAUCUACUCCCUCAACAUUGGUCCACUUAUGGAGGCCUUUGCUGUAAUUACAGUCCUAAAUCAUUAGGGUUUUUUUGGAAAACACUUUGUGAAGUUUUAGAAAAAAAUUAAAAUGAUAUUCUCCAGCCUAGGUUGGUCCGUAUUGGGAAAAACUGUGCCCUCUGUCUUGAGUACUGCCCUUUGUCUACAGCCUUAAGCAAUACUCAAGACCUCAGGCAUAGUUUUUCCCAAUAUGGACCUCCCAGUUGGUGAAUGACAAACAUAUAUUUUAAUAUUAAAAGAAUGCUUUUGACCUAUUUGUUUACCAGUUAUUUGUUUACCAGUUACUGGGCACAUUGACACAAAUUGGCCACAUUGCUUCUAAAAGUUGAUUUACCCUUACUUUGUUUAUUAUGAAUAUUUUGUACAGUUUAUUUACUCUGUUCAUCAGGUUUGAUCAACAUGCUCGUAGAAGUUUAAAGCUGGACAGUUUUAUCCAGUGCUGUGUGAUGCUGCGAGGACUAACAGAUGCUUUCCGAGUCAGAGACACAACCAUGAAUGGCAGCAUCACCAUUAAUUAUGAAGACUUCAUGUGCAUGGUGUUGUUGAACAAGCCUUAAAUUUGUGUUUAAACUGGAUAAAGAAAAACAGUAUUGAAUUCCCCUUUCACAUCACACUUAUUGUUAAAUUGUAGACUCAACUGAGUACUUUUCAUCUUUGAAAAAUACAAACUACUGUAGGUGUUGCAUAUCUAAUUUUGACAGCUUUAAACAAAGCUUUUUAGAACUGUUGGUGGGCCAAAAAGGCUGACAUCUAUUGGCCACAUUAUCUCUUUAAAAACACCCUUCCUACUUUUUUUUGAGUGCAGUUAACCAUUUAUCCUGCAGAGUUUGGUUGGCAAAUUCAUCUGGAUUAGUCCUGAAUUGUUCAAAUUUUUAUAAACAUCACAAAAAUGAAAGUGUGGAAAGAAAGCCUUUUUUUCAAAUUGAAAAUUUGUUCCAAUCACAUUAGUAUGGACAAGGGCAAAAUGAAAUUGCUACUAAGGCCUUAUAAACCUCAUAAUUGUACAUACAUGAGAUGUAGCUAUAUAGGUGUAAAAUCUAUGUUAUGCUGUUCGUUUAUUUAGUCCAUAGAACUUUACCUGUAAAAGUUUACAAGUAGCUACUCAAGAAACCUCUUAACAGUGGAUGUUUAUGAGAUAAGCAGACAAAUACUUCCUUUUAAAAUUGGACAUCCACUCACAGUGUGGUUAGGUGAUUGCAAGUGCAGUUUUGAGUGUUUCAGUAUUUAUGACUCUUUGUUGUCUGAAAUGAAAUAAAACUCUCUGAUUACUUACUCAUGUCGUAAUCCAUUUUUUUAAUUAUUAAGUAUUUAAUUGGGAUGGCACUUGCUUAGGAUGACUGAAACAAACUUUAAAAAAAAAAAUGGAAAGAUAUUUUCCUGGGGAAAAACUGUCAAAUGAG